AUGGAAUAUUUCGAUCUGCCCACCAGCACCUCAUCCUCUAGCAGCAGCACUGCAUCUCAGGCGACCGGAUGGAGGGGCACUCAGCAUGCGACUAUAACAUUAGAAGAAGGGGAGGAGAACGUCCCGACGCCGGUGGGCACCCCCCUCGAUCAUCCCAACGCUAUCUCGAUCUCGACAGCAUUCCAUCCCUCCCUGGCUGUCGACGACUGCCCUCCCGACAUCAUUAUCGUCUCAUCUGACAAUGUCCACUUCUACACCCAUCGACACCGUCUCCUCGCCGCCUCCGCCAACCGCAUGGGCAACCUCAUACCCUCUGACGAUGCGGAGGCCUCCGCCACGCCGAUCACGGUGGCCAUGCCCCACCCAUCGCCCGUCGUGAACAUCAUCCUACACACCAUGUACGGGCAGUCAUGCGUCCACUACCUCCCCACGCUAGAGAUGGUUGAGGUCGCGCUGGACGCCCUCGCCCUCUCGUAUGGCGUCCCCUUCCAGCCAUCGGCCCUGCCCAACCAGCCCAUCUACACGCUUCUCCUCUCCUUCGCCCCAUACCGCCCGCUCGACGCCUACGCCGUGGCGGGCAAGCACGGCCUCGAGGAGGCGGCCGUCGCCAUCUCCUCGCACCUGCUCGCGUACGACCUCGCGCGCCUGCCCGACAGCGUCUCGCAGAAGAUGGGGGCCCUCUACCUCAAGCGGCUCUUCCUCCUGCACCAGUCGCGCCUCAUCGCGCUCCGCAACAUCCUGUAUAAGCCGCCCGCGACGCACCCGCCCACGGUCAUGUGCAACGAGGUGUCCCAGCAGCGGAUGCUGAGGGCGUGGGCGUUCGCCGUCGCGCAGCUCGUGUGGGACGUCCUGCCGAGUGUGUCGACGAGUGCGUUACAGGCGUUAUUAGAGCCCGUUGGGGCGGCGAUCGACUGCCCAUAUUGCUUGGCGGCGCUACAUCGCCGCGUUCAGGAGGUCGUGUACGAGUGGUCGGCGGUGAAGAGUCCCGAUAUCUAG